ACAACGGAGGAUAGGGCUGAAGCGGAUGCACGUUCAGUAUAUGUCGGAAAUGUUGACUAUGCAGCAACUGCAGAAGAGUUAGAACAACAUUUUCAUGGUUGUGGAUCAGUAAACAGAGUCACGAUCUUAUGUGAUAAAUUCAGUGGUCAUCCCAAAGGAUUUGCUUACAUUGAAUUCUCCGAUAAAGAAUCGGUGAAAACUGCAAUGGCUUUAGAUGAUUCAUUAUUCCGUGGAAGGCAAAUAAAGGUAUCACCUAAACGAACUAAUCGCCCUGGUGUUAGUUCCACAGACAGAGGAUUUCGCCGCGGACGACGACCAUUUCGGCAUGGUGGUGUAGGUGGACCCAGAAGGCGUAGCAGGUACUGUAGCAAUGCAGCGCCUACUGUAUACAAUCUCAUCUUCUUUGUAGUACUUUUCUAG